AUGCAAUCGCAUCGCUACUGUGUAAUAAUGGCUGGUGGGGUCGGUUCCCGUUUUUGGCCGAUAUCACGUGAGGACAAACCCAAACAGUUUAUAGACAUCAUGGGUGUUGGCCGGACCUUUCUUCAGCAGACCUUUGAUCGUUUAAAGCCUUUAAUCUCAGACGAUCACUUUGUUGUUGUGACGUCUCAUCACUACAAAGACCUUGUUUCCUCGCAACUUCCUUCCAUUCCACAAGAGAACAUUUUAUGUGAACCGUUUCGACGGAACACUGGGCCAUGUGUCUGUUAUGCUGCGUAUUGGAUUCAUUCUCGUGACCCCAAAGGAGUGAUGAUAGUCGCUCCAUCAGACCAUUUAAUUGUGGACGCGUCCAAAUUUGUCGAAGUAGUUGACUCUGCACUGAGUUUUGUCGAGACAAAUCCAAACAAAUUGGUGACCCUUGGAAUGACUCCAACGCGGCCGGAGACGGGAUACGGGUACAUCAAUUACUCCACCGAGACUCUUCCAAAUGAUAUGAGUGACUUCAAAGUCAAGAAAGUGGUUCAGUUUGUCGAGAAGCCGACAUUAGAACGAGCGUUGGAGUAUUUAGGGCAAGGGACGUAUGCGUGGAAUGCGGGGAUCUUCUUGUGGAGUAGUUCUGGGAUCAUUUCCGAGAUGAAGAAGUAUGCUCCCGACAUCUGCGUGUGUUUCGAUGAGAUGCAGAAGUACUUUAAGACUGCCGAAGAGGUCGCUCGAGCUGAUCGAGCGUAUGAGAAGUGUCCGUCGAUAUCUAUUGAUUACGCCGUGAUGGAAAAGAGUCAAGAAGUCUGUGUCAUCUGUGCCGAAUUUGGUUGGAGUGAUGUUGGGACGUGGGGGUCUUUGUAUUCAUUAAAAGAGAAGGAUGCGAGUGGAAAUGUGAGUGAUGGUGCAGUGAUGUAUGACUGCAAGAAUUGUAUAGUUCAUAAAGAUCUUAAAAAGUACGUUGUUGUCGAAGGACUGAAUGAUUAUAUAGUUGCAGAUACUAAUGACGCACUCCUCGUGUGCUCUCUCAAAAAUGAACAAAAAAUUCGAGAUUUUGUCAAUGACGCCAAAAAGAAUGGUGGGGUCGUUUAA